AUGCCUGAAGAAUACUCCCAGCAGACGCAACCUGCGACGCAGCAAGUUCUUGAUCCUCGUCGACUCGGACGAAAUAACUCGGGCCUGAACGAUGGCGACAUUGCGGACGUCUUAGCCAUUCUUCAUCCAGCAACACCGACCGCGAUUCGAAUUGUGGAGCAUGCGGCGGGGUUUCGACCGCAGCACGUGCUGUUCCACCAUGCUUUGGAUUCCAUGGACGAAUCGAUCGAAGAACAAGAGACGAUAAUCAUCAACGACAAGGGCGAGAGACUGGGUCAGAACUCACGCGCAGGCGCCGAUCUGGCACUACGCAUGACCUCCGCACGCACACUACGGUUGAAGCAGCUGGGCUUUAUCUUCGGCAGAAACUCGAACAGUGCGGAUAUCGUCUUCGGGUCAGACUCCGGAAAGCGCAUAAGCAACCAGCACUUUCGGAUAUAUCUCAACAAGGACGGUAUAUUGAUGCUUGAGGACAUGUCCACAAACGGCACUAUCGUGGACGACACACUCUUGAAGUGCAAGGACGAACGCUUUGCUAAGAUCAGGAUGCUAGGUUCAGGCUCGAUCAUCUGCAUCCAGAGCACCAACGAAGAGGACAUGAUCAAGUUCAUCGUCCGUGUGCCAUCGCGGGUAACACAUAUGGACCGCUUCCGCGAGAAUCUUCGGGCCUUCAUCGCCGAGUGCACUCCUGGUGAGGACCGGACCAAUGCCAUCCAGCGGGUCAGCAGACAGUACACCGGCCCCGCCAUGAAGUGGGAUGGUGGUGAGAAGUACAACAUCGUCGGCGUCCUGGGCAAGGGCGCUUUUGCCACUGUCCACCAACUCGCGACCAAGAUGGAAGGCCGAUUGCUAGCUGCAAAGGAGCUCGAGAAACGCCGUUUCAUGAAGAAUGGCCAGCUUGACAAGAAGAUUGACAACGAGAUGAGGAUAAUGGAGAGUCUCCGGCAUCCGAACAUCGUUGAAUUCGUGGAGUACUACGACGCGGGAGAGUACUUGUACAUCAUUAUGGAGUAUGUGCGACACGGCGAUCUCCAGGCAUUCCUCAACCAAGGAGGACCCAUGAAGGAGCCCUUGGUGAAGAUGAUGGCACAGCAGACGUUAAGCGCUCUAAACUAUCUGCAUCGCUCAAAGAUCACGCACCGAGACAUCAAACCGGAUAACCUCCUCAUAGCAAGCAUCGACCCUUUCGUAGUAAAGCUGUCGGACUUUGGCUUGUCGAAGGUCGUCCAGCACGAAGAGACAUUCCUGAAAACUUUUUGCGGCACCCUCCUGUACUGUGCCCCGGAAGUCUUCCCCGAUUACAACAACUCCAGGGGUACCAAGCGCAGGAGAGGCGCAAAACAAUACCACGCCUACAGCUCAUCGGUGGACAUUUGGUCUUUCGGUGGUGUCCUCUUCAACGCUCUGUGCGGUGAGCCGCCUUUCAGGGGUAUUGCUGACCAGACUGGUGAGGCGAUGUACAACAACAUCAUGAACACACCUCUCAACACAGCACCUCUUCAGCGUGUAGGCGCUUCAGCUGCCUGUAUUGAUCUUUUGACCCGCAUGCUCCAGACCGAUCCAGCAUUGCGUCCGACAGAUCGGGAAUGUUUGAACCACCCGUGGUUGAAGGAUGGUGCUGUCUUACCCGCUGACCCAACUCUGCAGUCCAUUGUUGAGGAAGAUGAGUCCGAAGAUGCUGGACAGCAAUUGUCGCAAUUGAGUAUUGGACAAGAAGACCUUCCUGGUUCUGACGAAGAGGCGGACAUUGACGACGAGUUGCUUGAAAUGGUUGCACCCAAGCGAGUGCGCGCGGAUCCGUUGUACCCUCGGAACCAGGUUCGCGACCGCGAUCCCAGCACAGAUGCGUCUUUUCGCUCCGAGCGACCGAUUGAAGAGGGCGAAAGCUUCAGAGUGAUGCCCGCAUCUGGACGUCAGCGAUUGUUCGGCGAGAUCGGUCAAUCUGCCUUGCAGAGUUCUGGUAUUCUCACCAACCAGGCUCACGCCGCUCUGUCUCCCGCCGAAGCCCCCAAUUCUUCUCCACGAGCCGCGCUGCCCCAAACUAGCAACACAGUGGGUGGCGCUGAGCACAACGUGUCCACCGUCAAUGUACAGCUUGAUGGAGGUUUCUCGUCCCCGAGCUUGUUGGGCGCGGAAUCCAUGGUCCGCGAACUCAACAUGGAAUCGCCGCACUCGCCAAUCUCCAGAACCCAGAGCCCCGCUAUGCCGGUGACCCCUCAGACACCUGAGAUGCUGCAGCACAGCUCGCUAGACGAAGGAUCGAAGAUUCCUAGCCAAAUCAGCGAACCCACACCGAAGGCUCGGCCGGCGGCUUCAAAGCGCCAGAUCAGCUUGCCGUUAACGGCAUCGUUAUUUUACGACCCGGCCGAUCCGAGCACCCACAAUCUGGAGUAUGCUUCUAGGGUGAGCGGACAUAACUUCAUUACUGCGCGAAGGGAUUCCGAGGCUGGUGCAUCUGCGUACGAAGAUACUGUACGGGCAUCCGACACCAGCGGCACCUCUGAACUCUCCACCAACGAGGCCGCGGCACCAUCUCCAGCAGCUGAUGUGCCUUCCCUUCCGUCCGAGCUGAACAUUAGGCCCCCUCCAAAACGUCUAGGCAAGAUGAUCGCGACACCAGAUUCUUUCGCUCCGGGUCUGAUGAUCAAUCUCGAUCAGAGUAAGACGUCCUUCGGUCGACAGCCCAACAACACGGUUGUUUACCCUGAUAGCCGAGAUACGCGAAUUCCCAAGACUGGUUUCGUAGUCUUCUUCUACUCCUCGGCCGAUCCAAGCAAGGGUACCGUGGAAGAAUUGUCUCAACAGGGCAAGGACUGGACGAGCCUAGAAGGGCUGAAGAUCGGGAUCUGGACUGCAGCAACUCACGGUAUCACCGUGAACGGCAAGCAUUUGAAGAAAGUGGACGACAAGGGCCGCGCCGUGUAUGGGCACCUACACACGGGCGAUAUCGUGCAGGUGUACCAGCACAACAAGACUCCGGAGUGCUUGAAGUUCAAGUGCGAGUUCUACGUCGGGUCCGGAAUGAACCCUCGAGCUACCGGUGACAGCUUCACGACGAUGGUGGGGAACAAGCUCCAGCAUUAG